CAACUUUUGAUGUGACAAUCCGUAACUUUGAUAGAGAGGUCGACGGGGAAGGGAGAGGAGCGGCGAGUUAUUUAUACACGCAUCAACAUGCUUUGUGUCCUCGUUCUUCUCAGUAUUGUUGUUGGUUACAGACUAAAAACUAUAUCAGUUGCAAGCACCGCAGUGGUCGUUUGUGAACCCGACGGGCAACACCAGAAACUCUUUUAAAUUGCUGCCAAAGUUAGUUAUUUAUGUCUGCUAAUAAAUAUUAUAUCUAUCACAAAAUAUUUUCUCUUUCUUUAUUUGUUUUGUUUAUCGGUGUGUAUUAUUAUGAAGUAACGGUUUUUGAAAGGCGCCGCCUUCGGUAUUCUAUUCGCCUGACAUAUUGAUAAAUUCGCCUUGAUUAUACGAUACUGCAAAAAAAUAGAUAACAAGGACCAAACUCGAAAAAGUAUCGAGUACUAACAAGUACCGGUAUCGAGGAAUCACAAGAAGUUAUGCGCUUGGCACUACUUCAGUUGAAGGUCGGAAAGGACAAAAUUGCGAAUGUACAGAAUGCUGUCGACAAGGUUGCGCAAGCGGUCUGCGUACACAAACCUCGUAUGGUGACUUUGCCCGAAUGUUUUAAUUGUCCCUAUGGCACCAAAUACUUCAGAGAGUACUCUGAAACGAUACCUGAUGGAUAUACCUCGAAACAAUUAUCUGCUGCCGCAGAAACUCAUGGUGUUUAUAUUGUCGGUGGUACAAUACCGGAAUUGGGUGAAAAUGGUAAUAUUUACAAUACCUGUACGGUGUGGGACCCUAGUGGAAAAUUGAUUGCAAAAUACCGUAAAAUGCAUCUCUUCGACAUCGAUGUUAAAGGGGGAAUCCGCUUUAAGGAAUCAGAUACUCUAACUGCUGGCUCAAAUUUUACAGUGAUAGAGGUAGAUGGUCACAAGAUUGGCAUUGGUAUUUGCUAUGAUAUACGUUUUGAAGAGUUGGCGAGAAUAUAUCGUAACGAAGGUUGUGAGAUGUUAAUAUAUCCCGGUGCAUUUAAUAUGACUACUGGACCCCUACAUUGGGAACUAUUACAACGGGCACGUGCCAACGAUAAUCAGUUGUAUGUUGUAACAACUUCACCUGCUCGUGAUAAAGACGCUGAAUAUAUAGCUUGGGGUCAUUCAAUGGUAGUAGAUCCAUGGGCACAAGUUUUAAAAAGCGCCAAUGAUGGUGAAGAGACAGUGGCUGUUGAUAUUGACUUUGCAUUGGUGGAACAAGUUCGUGCGCAAAUUCCGACGUUCAGGCAACGCCGCUUAGACUUAUAUGCAACAAAAAUUGUGAAUUAAAAUAAUUUUACAUAAUGUCAAUGGAUUUUUUCACGUUUAUGAAUGAAGCAGUUCAAGUUUUUAAUAAAAUUACAGCUUAACUGUCUAUAA